AUGUUCCAUUAUGAUGACUAUACAGAUGCAUACUUGAAGACAGCAAUCCAGACGGAUUUUGGUUAUGAUAUUGAAGAUAUAUCCACUAUGGUUAUAUUUUUUUACCUACCUGACGAAAACGGUAGUCUUCAUCCACACUGGCAAGCUCUCGCAACAAUGUCAAAUGUUUGGUUCAUGUCGUUCACCUCCAUGUUUUGUGUUGGCUACUGUGGUAUAAAUUGCUACAGAAGCAUCUCUAGAGCCUUGGCUGUAACACAGACGCAAUCCAAAGCUGCUAAGACUUUACAACACCAACUUUUCAAUGCUUUAGUCAUUCAGACUCUUAUCCCAUCGGUUUUGAUGUAUCUCCCACUGUUUUUUGUUUUUGCGCUCCCGAUAUUUGGUAUCAACAUUCCAUAUGCCAGUAGUUGUAUAUCUGCUACGAUUUCAUUGUACACUGCGAUAGAUCCUCUUCCGAGCAUGUUCAUAAUCAAGACAUACCGGAAGGCUAUAAUAAAGGUAGUCAUAAAAGUACUGUUGUUGUUCACAUCUCCUCCGCCAGAUAAGGCACCAAGAGUUCCAAGCAGCACGGUGCCGGACUAG